GAGUUCCGCUUAUCGUCAACACGACCAAGAGUGUAUCAGGGGGGGACGUCCCAGUGGUGUGGGAACCUCCUUUGGUAGGAGCAUGUCCGGUUGUCAAAUACAAUGUGUAUUACAGAGAGGUUAUGUCAUCAGCGAGACAACAAGGCAACUGGUACUCGGUAGAGUUGGACGGAAGUCGCACAAGUUGUACGCUUCAUUUGAGCUGCAGGAAAGAAUACAAUGUGUCUGUUACCUCGAUUGGCGAAUCAGGGGAGAGUCCAUUCAAUGACAGCAAAAUUUGGAAUUUCCAAACCACCGGAGGCAUUCCUUCACCUCCAAUUAUAACCCCUAUGAAACAAGAAAUAUCGAGUAACAAUAUCACCUUAUCCUGGAGUCCUCAAACAGCCAAUGGGUGUCCGCUGACCAUGUACUCAAUACACUAUCGACUGAUUUAUCCGGGAGGAGCAGGGGAGUCCUGGAACCAAGUCAAUGUCACAAAUGUUACGAAGUCAAGCUAUACUGUAUCGUUAGAGUACGACAGGCAAUACACAAUUGAAAUGUCGGCGUGGAAUGAGCUGGGACAGAGUGCAAGGUCGAGGCCAUGGAUAAUAACAACAGCAUCAUCAGGUUCAAUUCAUAGGACUGCUGAAAAAGGCACGGUUAAAUCUUCAGUCUCAGGCAGUGGUAAAAUCCUUUCAACACCAUUGCUUGCUGGUUUAUUAGUGGGUGUUUGCAUCCUUCUGUUCGUAGUUUUUAUCGCAGUAAUCUACCUGAGACGUGCAGCAAGAAAAAGCAGAAAACAUGCUUCUGCCCUAAGGCUCAGGAGAUCGAAGUCCACCAUUUUUACCCUCCAUAACUGGGAAGUUCUUCCGGAACAGGUUGUAUUCGGGGAAGAGAUUGGUCGCGGGGCAUUUGGAAAGGUAUUAAAAGGCACCUUCAGAGAAUCACCUGGAACUGAGGUCUUCAUCGAGCCUAGAAAUGAGACGGUCGACUUCAAACCAGGAGAAACAGUGGCCAUUAAACUCCUGGGAGACAAGACAGGCGACGAGGCACGAAACCAGUUUUUGGAGGAAAUUGAACUUAUGAAAUCAAUCGGCUCACAUCCUAAUGUUGUUAGAAUGUUGGGAUGCUGGGUACACUCGGAUCCUAUCUUUCUCCUCUUGGAAUACAUUUCUUACGGGGAUUUGUUACAGUGGCUAAGAAACAAAAGGAUACAAAAGAGUUAUCAAAAGCAUUAUGAUAACUUCAACAAGCCUAUGCAACUUGAUGCAAAUCUGGUGCAGAUUAACGAAGAUGAGUCCAGAGAACUGCUAUCAAGGAGUGAAGAAGAAAGUGGAAAGGAUCCAGACACGAAGGGUAUUCCUAAGGCUGUUUCAACCUCAGUUUCUGUCUGUGCCUCGGGUAUUGAAAGUGUCUCGAAGGAAAAGACACCCGCCAUAGAUGAAGCAAAAACUGACGUGACAGAAAAGGUGCAGAAUCAUUACGAAAAACAUCCUAUUCAAGCCUCUCUAAGUGAUUGUCAUAAUAAUGUGGAACGGGACGAAGACUUCACAGCUAAGGAUCUUCUUGGCUUUGCGUGGCAAGUAGCGCGCGGAAUGGCGUAUUUAUCAGAUAAAGGAUUUGUCCAUCGCGAUUUGGCAGCUCGUAAUGUUCUUCUUGGUGAAAACAAAGUGGUGAAAAUUUCUGAUUUUGGACUCAUGAGGCAAACCCAUGAAAACGUUUACACACUGAAGAAAGGGAAAAAGAUACCAGUAAAAUGGAUGGCACCAGAAGCACUUUACAACAGUGAAUAUACAACCAAAAGUGAUGUAUGGUCUUUUGGAAUUCUCCUCUGGGAACUUUCCACAAUGGGAGGAAACCCUUACCCAGGAGUCAAUAACAAAGAGUUGUACAAUCUUCUUAAGACAGGAUAUCGAAUGGAAAAACCAGACACCUCUUCUGAUACAUUAUAUCAACUGAUGUCAGAGUGUUGGAAAGAAGAGCCCGAUGAGAGACCGACUUUUGAAAACACCACGAGAUUAUUAGAGGAAAUGAUGCAAGAGGACACGCCUUAUUUGGAUUUUGAAUCACUUGAUGAGUCAAAGGAGUAUUACUGCAGUCCAGAAAAGCUUUCUGAUGAUGAAGUCACAGCUUAAAGUUAGAUUGAGCUUUACGGCAGGAAAGAGGAAAGCUCAGAUGCAGAAAUCAGCAUCAUUGCGUACGAGUUGAAAACAGGAGAAGGUCUGAAUGGGGUGAUGGCUUUUUCAGCUAACGCUUAAUUUCUCUCCAUUGUAGUUUUCAAAAAAAUUACAGUUAACGUUUUUAUGACUAAUGGUUAAAAUUCGCUAAUUUAUUUCGCCUAGUGGCUAAUUUUUUCCGUUUUACUGCUUACGGUUAAACCCAUUGAGACACUCUUAGUAGCUAAACGGGUUUACCUCCGUCAGAGAAAGUGUAGUGUGAGUUUUAAAUUAUCUAUAGAUCAUAAAUGCAUUGUCCUUCCGAAUACUCAUUAAUUUCCGUAGAAUUUGUCCUGAACGUAAUCUUUGAGAGCGGCACCCUCUGUGCAGAACAAUUUAUGGUAAUGCAAACUGUUAUUUGGUUAACUAAAUCAUGGUUGACAGUAAUAUCCCCUGGCUCCGUGUGCUUCAGUUAGAGUUCAGGUUCCGCUGACGUGUGGGAAGGAGAUUAAAAGUGAAUGUAAAUUGCAUCCCCCACAUACAGUAUAUGCUCAAGUGAGACCGCUGAGAAUAACAAAACAGCUAGGCUCGAGCUCCCGGCCCUGUACUGUCGCACCCUGAAUUUCGGAGGCCAAACCGUGACAAAAAGUUAGUAUCCGGUUACAAAAUGAGCCUCACUCGUGUAUAAGGAUCAGCCGUUACCCUCAUAAUCAGAUGCGGGGAAAUUACGGAGUGGAACAAGGCUUUUGAUGAAGAUUUAUUUCCAAUUACUAGUUGAACAACAAACUUUUAAAACCUAAACAUUUUAAUGAUAACUGCUCCGUUCCCUUGAUUCUCUGGCGAGUAUUGUUUCAGCAGUAGCAUCCCCAGACUGCGAUAAUGGCGUAAAUUUCUGUACACAAUGGAUCAGCAACUUG